AUGAUUUCACCAGUUGAUUCUAAAAAAAUUCAUCCUUUUUCUACAAAUAUUUGUAUUGAAGAAAAACAAGAAAGAAAAAAUGGAUCAUGGUAUAAUGGAGAAUUUAUAAAAUAUAGUGGACUAAAUUGGUUUUUAUCAACAGUUUUUGUUAUUGGAACAUUAGCAGGUGGGGCUCUUGUAGCAUUACCAUCAGCUAUGGUUAUGUCAGGUAUAUUUCCAGGAAUACUUUUAACAAUAAUUUUUGGAAUCCUUUUUUGUUAUGCAUCUGUUUGUAUGGGUAAAUCAUGGUGUAUGCUUCAAAAACACUGGAGUGAAUAUGAAAAUUUUUGUAGAAGUCCUUUUUCUGAAAUGGCAUAUAGAGCUUCAGGAAAAAAAUUUGAAUUUUUUGCAACAUUCAUCUUUUAUGUUAAUCAAUUUGGAACAUCAGUAGUCUUUUUACUUUUAGCAUCAAAAAAUGUAUGGAGUUUAUUAAAAGUAUUUUAUUUGGUAGAUAUUCCAUUUUGUGCUAUAAUUUUAAUUCUUGGAUUCUUUUCAUUAUUUUUUAUAUUGUUAAAAUCACCCGCUGAUUUUUGGGGAGCAGCAUUUUUAGCAAUGGUAUCAACUGCAAUUGUUUCAGUUUUAAUAAUUAUUGGUUCUAAAAUAGAUUAUCAUGAUUGUGCUUCUCAAAGAGAAAUACCUGAGUUAAGUUAUACUAAUAUUUUUUUGGCUAUUGGUAUUAUUAGUUAUGCUUAUGGUGGAGGAGCAUCCUUGGCUAAUGUACAACAUGAUAUGAAAAAACCAAGUGAAUUCACAUUUUCAUCAAUAAUUGGUUUUAUAAUAAUUAUAUUAUUUUAUGUACCAGUUGAACUAAUAACCUAUUAUACUUAUGGUGAUUCACUUCGUCAUUCGGUUUUGGAUUCAAUGCAAACAUUGGUAAUUCAAAAUAUUGUUAAUCUUUGUAUAGGAAUUCAUUGUAUUUUUGCAUUUAUUAUUAAUUUAAAUCCAUUAAUGUUACAUGUAGAAGAAUUAGUUAGAAUACCUGAUAAAUGUGGAUUUAAAAGAGUUUUACUUCGAAUAAUAGUACUUGUUAUUAUUGUAUUAUGUGCUUUAUUGGUUCCAACAUUUGGUCCAAUAAUGCAUCUACUUGGUGGUACAACAAUGAUGUUAACAUCACUUUUAAUCCCAAUUUUUAUGUAUACUUCAUUAAAAGCAAGAAAAAGGUUAAUAAAAAAAGAUUCAAAAUAUCUAGAACAAUCACCAACAUUAUUAGAAACUUUAAAAAAUUCAUCCUCUACAGAUACAAUCACAUUCAUUGUUAUAAUGAUAAUAGGUAUAAUAGCAAUGGUCUUCAUAACAAUAUCUUCAAUAAAAGCUUUGCUAACAACACAUUAUGCUCCACCAUGUUUUGUAUCAUUCUUUAAUGAAAAAACAAUUGGUGAAAAUUAUUUAGCACAUACAAAUUGUUGCGGCCAUUAUCAAAAUAUUUCUAUUUACAAAUAUCGCACAGGUUAUUGUUCAACUCCUCAACUUGAUUUCUACGAUAAUAAUAUUUUUUAA